UCCUGCAGCAGGUUGGACCAGUGACAUGUUGCUGAAUGCACUGUAAAAACAUUCACAGAAAAUAACAGCUGAGACGAAGAGCUCAGUGCAGGUGGAUCUGAGGCGUCAACAUUUGAAACUGAAAGCUGGACUUCAAAUGCAGGUGAACAGUCAGACGAGUGAACAGUCAGACGUGCGACAGUCAGACUGGUAUUUGACAGGUACAGGUAAACAGACGUCGUGGUGAGCAGCAGGAGCCCGGUGUUGGUGGUUGAGGAUUUUUUGUUACGAUGACUCCUCCUCCUGUCCCAAAGCCUCGGAAUCGUUAUAUGAGGGACGGUCCAGGCUCUGCCUCCUCUCUGGACAGAAACCUGGUUGGUGAGAACGACCUGCUACCUGCAUCCUCUAAUGGAGAUCACCUGAGCACAGGUGAUGAAGCCCCUCCUCUUCCUCCUCACAAUGGCGUCGUCUUCCCGACUCUGGCAGGCAUCACUGACAUCAUCGCCACCAACAUCCCGUCAUUGGCUGGAUUUGCAAAUUUCAUCGGUGGCUCCUCCCCAGCCCCGACUGCCCCCCUGGCCCCGUCUGCCCCCCCCUCCAUAGACACCAUGGUGAACAGCAUAGCCACCAACAUACCUAGCUUAGCAGGAGCUGCUAGCACUGUUGCUAACCCAGCUGCUGUUACAAUAAACUCCUCCUCCACCGACACACCUUUACCUGUACCUGAUUCUAACAAAGGUGCUACUAACUUAGACAGCAUUGUUAGCUCUUUAGCUAACAUACCAAGUUUAGCAGGAAUUGUUAGCAGUGUGGCAAAUCCAGCUGACAGCUCCAUGACGACCCAGGCCACGCCCUCAGCCCCACCCCCUUCACUGCAGAGUAUUGCUGGAGACCCUAACACAGAUGUUGGGGCUCUGUCACAGCUGGUGAUAUCGACUUUAGACCAGAACUCAGGAGUCACAUUACCUACACUAGAGGGAACUGCUGAGCCCACAAAUGGAGGUGUAAAGCAGAGUCCUUAUCCAAUCCGAGGAGAGGAUCCGUAUGUCACCGUUAUGGCUAGUUGGGCGAGCCAGGAUGAAAUUGAUACUGACUCUUCCAAUGAGGAAGAAGAUCCAGGAGUAAGCAUCACUCACUCUGGUGCAGACGGUCCAACAGAUGGAGAUCCUGCUGCCAUUACGGCUAACUCCAACAGCAAACCACUCAGUCCUUCAGGUUGUCUGAUCCCCAACCGACCGGCCCCGCCUCCUCCCCUGCCUCAGUCAGGAAAGCCUCUGAAACAAAAGACCCCAAGAGCCGCCACCAUCAGAGUGUCCAGGAAGAAAGGAGGCAGCAAGGGCUCAACGCCACACAGUGCAGUGGUUCGAUCAAGCUGGCUGGACGUCUGGAAGGGCUUCAGACACAAUGUUUUAUGGGCAUCGUUGGAUGGACAGCUGAUGUCCCUGUGGAAAAAACGUACAGACCGUUUCAGUGAGCUGCUCUUUCAUGUCUCCAGUAUCACCAACAUAAAGAAACAGGAUAAAGGCAGAUUCUCGGUUUACUUCAGGAAGAAACAUUAUGACUUCAUGGCUCAUAGUGACGAGGUUCAUGAAGGCUGGGUCACAUCUCUGCUGGCAUCUCGAGGCCAGCCAAGUCCUGCCCCCCCCGAGCUCCAUGGACAAAUCACAAUCAAGGACCCACGGAGCCGAGUUUAUGCCGCACUAUGGGGUCAUGACCUCUGGAUUUACCCAAACAAGGAGGGCUUCCAGCUGGGCAUCGCCUCCUUCUCCAUCCCUCUGAACGUGGCCACCGUGAAAUCUACAGGAAAACACUCGUUUACCCUCAUCACUCCGUACAAGAGCUUCAACCUGUCAGUUGAUUCAUCAAAGGACCUGGCUGCCUGGUUGGAGGGUCUAUCCUCAUCUAUACGCAGUGCUCUUUCCUGCAGUCAUGUGGCGCUGCGUCUUUGGGAAAACCCGGACAACAAAGUGUGCGGUGACUGUGGCUCAGCCAAUCCUGAGUGGGCGUCAGUCAACCUUCUGCUGGUCGUCUGUCAAGCCUGUGCAGGUCAGCAUCGAGCUCUGAGCAGCAACCUGUCCAAGGUCCGCAGUCUGAAGAUGGACAACAAGGUGUGGACUGAACCACUCAUACAGCUGUUUGUUGCCUACGGUAACAGGCUGGCCAAUCAGGUGUGGGCUCCAGCGGUGCCGGCGUUGGAGCAGCUGCGUCCGGACUCGUCGGAUGAGGAGAGGUCCAGGUUCAUCCAGGAUAAAUACAGCAGGGGGCGCUACAAACGAGUCCACGCUCUGGCCUCAUCACUCCCUCUAAUGGAUCAGAGGCUACGUCAGGUGGUGUGUGGAGACGAUGUAGAAGAAACGAUGUCUCUGAUCUGUUCUGGAGCAAAGGUGUGUCAAUCAAACCCUCAAAACCCCUCCCCCAUCCUGCUGGCUGAGAGAGCCAAUCAGGCUCUGCAGACCGAGCUGCUACGCCUCAAUGAGUACACAGUGGUCCCGCCAUACCUGCCACAGUCGACUAAUAGGAGGCUUGACUACGCCCCCUCAGUUGAGGAAGAGGAGGAAGAGCUUCAUGGUAAACUGGAAGAAGAUCGUUUUCUGUUCUCGUCAGAAAACAACUCUGCAGCGUGCGACGUCCUCGACCUGCGAGAGGUUCUCUCUGUGUUCCUCAAAGAAGGAGAGGAUCAUCAGUUUCAGAUGGUGACGCUCAGCGAUCAGCUGGUCUGUGCAGCUGACAACCAGGAGGCACUGCUGAGUCACCUGACCCACAUCUUGAAGGUGAUUCUCCCAGCAGGUGUCUCUUAUGCAGAGGUGGGAGGGGCUUCUGCUGCCAGCAAAGUGUCUGUUGUUGAAGUGGGUGAAGACUCGUUUUUCUUUGAUGCCUGGUUGUUACUGUGGGAGGAGGGAGUCAGCAUUCAUCCUGUCAAUAAACACAAGCAGCAGACUGUGAGGAUGGAACUGAGCACGCUCAGCAACCAUGAGAUGGAUCCAUCUGAAAACAUUAUCACCUUAGCAACCACAGACAGCAGGAGUGUGUCAGUGCGUUUUGAGGAGCAGCACAGCUGUCAGUCCUGGUUUGACCACUUGCAGAGAGCUCUGACCAAUCAGAGAGCAGCUCCACAGCAUCCUACAGCCAAUCACAGCUCAGCCCCUCCCUCUCUGUACCCAGUGAUGGACGUGGGCUGCAGGGGGUCAGUCCCCGCCGCCAUCGAACGCUGCAUCUCCCAUGUCACUGCUCAUGGUCUGAAGGUGGAGGGCAUUUACCGGCGCUGUGGCAUCGCCUCCAAAGUCAUCAAGUUAAUGGAGGCUCUUAUGACAUCACCUAGCUCCGCCCCUCUGGAGAGUGAUGAGCAAGGUGUGUUAGACGCUGGCUCCGCCCUCAAACAAUAUGUCCGCCAGCAGCAGAGUCUAAUCCCUGACAAAGAGCUACAACAGUGGCAGCAUGCUGCAGCUGUUUCAGAUGAACUCUCCAGGUUUUCAGCCUACAGACGGUUGCUACAGCACCUUCCUGAUGACAACCGAGCAACACUGAACGCACUUUUUGGACACUUUUACAUGGUCCAGGUGUUCUCUCAGGUAAACAAGAUGUCUGCUCACAACCUGGCUGUGGUUCUGGUCCCCACUCUGUUUCAGACCAUGAACCAGGACCUUCUCCGUCUGACCCGAGAGUUCAUCAUCCACCACACACUCCUCUUCCUGACACCCGGGGGAGGGCAGAGACAGGAGGAGGAGGAGGAGGAGGAGGAGGAACAGAUCACGGCUUUAUAAAGAAAAGAGGAGGAGCAGAUCGCG